AUGACUCAAAAUCGAAGAAUGCAGGAACUCAUAGCGCUAGAAAGCACGUCGGACGGUGAUUUAUCGAGUAUAAAAAUGGAUUGGAGACAAACAAUAGAUACGGUCAUAUUCUCUUGUAAAUCGAUAUAUAGCCGUCGAUGCCUGGGUUAUGAAUUGACUCUGAUAACCAAUUCGAGGCUUUUGUUUAAAAUAAUUUUCGAGGAUGAAAUAAUAAAGCAUGAGCUGCACUUAAGAUCCGAAAUAGAAUGGCCACCAAUAUACAACAGAAAUCUUGAAACGUUGAAGGUGGAGUUUACGUGUGCAAAGCGGGAAAGAAGGCCGUGGAUGAAUUUGGGUCAUCAAAUAACGUCCGGGAGUGACGUUAACAUCUCGGGGCGUCUUAAAAUAUACAGAGAAUACCGAGUAAUUGCGAAUGAACCACUUUCGAAUCAAGUACAUCUGUUAAUCGUUCAAGCGAAAGAUCACUUGCAAAUUGUACCUAUUGGCAGACACGUAAUGUCAAAAAUAACUUUGGUAUUGGUUUUAGACAAGAACAUACAGCGCCCGUACACCCCUGUCCCACCGUACCUUCAUGAUGACGACAAGCCGCCAAAUUACACACCAAAUUGCCUAUGUCUCAUGAUCAAGAAGUAUCCAAAUGGCCUUCUCAGUCGGUUCUUAACAGCUCUUAAAGUUGACCAGACCCUAUACUUGAGCAAUUCUAUGGGUUCCUUCGUAAUGGGAACCUAUGAUCGUUAUUCUGUCAUUCACAUGCUUGCUGGUGGCACAGGUUUAACACCGAUGCUUAGUAUCAUUGAACGAGCUAUGGCCAGACGCAGCGUGAGAUUAAUAAAUUUACUCAAUUUCAACACAAACGAAGAGAGUAUGUUCUACGUGAAGCAAUUGGAGAGAGUCAGUGGAGAGAAAUUAAAAGUUAUCCAUAUUCUUUCGCAACCCAAAAGCACGUGGACAGGCAAACGUGGCAUGGUGUCUGAAGGAUUAUUAAACAACUUAGUUGGAAAAAGUCAGCCCGAUGCGUGUGUUUUCACGUGUGGGCCUCGAAAUUUCAUGCAGAUUGCGAGGACAUCCCUUCGAGAACUUGAGUGGAAGUCCUAUCAAAUGCACGAGUUCGUGUAGCCAUGCUUAUCGAAAGUGCGCUCCCUCUCUUUUGAUACGAAACGUUGAAACAACGGCGUACAAAUACGUCUGUUAUCAAUUUUUCCAAAAUUUAAACACGAACGUGAUAACAUAGCUAUCUAACUGUUAUUUAGCCACGAAGAGUGUAAAGACGAACUGAAUUAAAUCAGUCGAUAUAUAGAUUUAACGACAUUCAACUUUAAUCACUGGACUGCGAAUUUUUAUAUAAAUUUAGAUUUUAAAAAUUCGACGAUAAUUAGAAAGAAAAAUAAAAAGAAGAAGAAGAAAGACAGAGAUUUCCUCUUGUUAAAUAUGCCAAAUUUUCCACAAAUGCAUAAAAAUUCAGUCUAUCGCUUAUAAGCACAUUGAAUUGAUGCAAUGAUCGAGACAUAUGUGUAUAUCAAUGUUCGCAGACACUAAAAAUUUUAUCGAGCUGCGAAAAAGGACAGGUGAUUUACUUUUAAACUAAUUGUGAUAUAUAAAUUUUUAUUAGUCACAUUUCGUCCGAAUACCCAGAAUAUCAUAUUUUAACAGCUGUAUACAAUGAAUGCUGUGGGAUCCACGUCGAUACAGUUCAAACUCAUGUUAUAUUGCGUCACCACGAAAAUGAAUGCUAUAGCAUUCACAUCCGUGAACGUGUUGAAGAUUGUAUGUUGCUUAUUUAGACGUGUCAAAAGCAUGUCUCAUUCGUAUUUGCCAGAUUUUAGCUCGAUACACUCAGGACAAUGGACGUUUGUCUGACUUUACUUGUCAGAACCUUGAUUUUCUCAGUAAAGAGAAAAGUCACUCUGUGUAUCGCAACGCGAGACGUUCCAUUUUCUUUCCAAGUGCGAGACAAUCGAUAUCUGCACUGUUAUACGUACGUCCAAAUUGCUCUCGGUGAAUGUUGACCACUGGAAGAAAUCGAAAUUGUAAAACGAUUUUCGAGAUUUCAACUCAAAAAUAGCUACUACAUACAAACUGUGGAUUUUUAUGCAUUUGUGGAAUACUUGAAGGUAAAGAUGCGCGAAAACGUAUAAGCUAAUGAUUUUUAUAUCUGAAUUGUCUCACUUUAGAAAAACCGAAAUUAAAAUCUAAAAUCUA